GCAGCUCCCUUCCAAGCUUCCAAGCCCAUCCUCCUGCCCCAUCUGACUGUGGGCUGAGCUGUGUCCCUGCCCUGUGGCAGCAGCAGAAGGGGUGAAGGAAGGCAAGCUGCGGGAGGGAUUCCCCAGGAGAAGCAUCCCUGGCCAAAAGAACAUAAUGGACCGUUUUCGGAUGAUCUUCCAGUACUUUCAGUCGAACUCGGAGUCUGUAAUGAAUGGGAUCUGUGGGCUGUUAACACUGGCUAGCAUAAAGAUGUAUAGCUCCAUUGACUUCAGCUGUCCCUGUCUGCCCCAGUACAACAUGGCAUAUGGCUUGGGGAUCAUGUUUGUACCUCCUAUCGCCCUCUUUCUGUGCGGCCUCAUACUCAACAGACAGUCCCUGGUGAUGCUGGAGGAAUGGAGCCGACCACAGGGGCGCAGAAAGAAGGACCUGGCUGUCAUCAGGUACCUGUGCUCCUCCAUCAUGCAGCGAGCCAUGGUGGCCCCUGCCGCCUGGAUCAUAGUCACUCUCCUGGAUGGCAAAUGCCUGAUCUGUGCUUUCAGCAGCUCCGUGGACCCUGAGGAGUUUGUAGACUUUGCCAGCGCCAGCCCAGUGCAGGUGGAGCAGCUGCUGGCCAAGGUGCCCUGCAAGGAUGAGGAGCUCAUGAGGAACAACACGUCCCGCAAGGCAGUGUCCAGGUACUUGCGCUGCUGGUCCCAGGCACUCGGAUGGAGUAUUUUGUUGAUCCUUAUCAUAGCAGCUUUCCUCGCCCGGUGGCUCAGACCUUGCUUCAACCAGGCCGCCCUCCUGCAGGCACGCCACUGGAGCAACUACAUUGACAUCGAGCAGAAGAUUUUUGAGGAGACGUGCUGUGAGCACAGCCGGCUCUUUGCUCACAAAUGCAUCCUCCACUUCUUUGAAAGCAUGCGGCAAGAGAUCAAACUGCACAGCUUCAGCUUGUCGAGGGAGGGAGAGGGGGCCGAAGGAGACCGAGAUCUUCUCCGGGGCAUCACACAUCAGGACCAGGUGAACAAACUGCUGAAAAUGUGGUACUAUGAGAAACCUCCUCUGGAUGUCAGCAAAGCGACCCAGAGGCAUCCCCUGGGGCAAGAGAGAUCGCCUCUGCCCUGGGCAGACAGCCCUAGAACUGGGUCCAAAUUCCCCCAGCACACUGAUGUGUAAAGAGUUCUUUGUCCUGCAGACACUGAAGGGGCUCUGCUGCACCUCUACACAAGGCAAGGAGCAGUGGGCAGAUGAGCAGUGGUGCUCACAUCUUCCUCCAAACCCCCAGUCCCAAAGGUUUUGCUCCAGGUUCCAAAAUAAAGUAGCUCUGAAGAUCCAAAGGUCCCAGACUCGAUCACCAUUCAUAAAAUUUCUCAACCAAGAGCUUUUGCAUAUCACUUUUAUCAUAUUAAAGACUUUCCAGCUCCUUACAGCUGUGAUAAAAGGGGAUUUAAAGGGAUUUAACCAAGGCAGCAACACCCAUCUGUGAAAACAAACCGAGUAGAGCAUCACCUUCACAGAGAUGUGAAGAGCUCCUGCCCAUUUCAGUUCUAUUCGGAGAGUUCAUAGUGCUGACACCAAAAUGGUUUAAUCGCCAGCUCUAAUACCACAGCAAUAUUUAUCCAGAAAGGCAAAACCACCUCCUAUAUCUUCCCAUCUGCUGAGAGCCUGGCUGCCCCCAGCCCAGCUGCCAAACAUUUCAGCCUCCAUCUAACAACCCAUCAAUAUUUCCAUGCAUUUUCUAAACAAAAUAUGGCAACACACUGCAAAUCAUGAAGCAACAUAAAUUUAGCUGAAGAUGCCUCUGGAUAAGUGUCCCUGGAUUGGGUUGGAUUUGCAGAAGGAGAUGAAGGCUUUGAUUAUCAUAUCCAGAGCCACAUGGGUGUGCUGGGGUUCAGGGAGUUGCUCGAAGCAUUGGCACUGGGCCAUGGGAAGGAUAUAUUGACUCUUCUGGAGAAGUCUGAAUACAGAUUUUAAACACUUCCAUGCUAGAUUU